GAAUAGUAUGAAGCUUAUGGAAUUUAGGAUUACGGAAGAUCGUGUGGAAAACCGGUUUACAAGUUUACGAUAACUGUUUUAUAUUGCCUACUGCUAUGCUCAUUCAUCUAAUGAAUUAUUUAAAUAUAAAUAUAACAACCAUACGCAGUGUUUUAUAUUAUAAAUCCUGUAAGUUUGUAUAAUUAUGGUCUAAAUAAAGCCAAAACAAAUAUUGACGCACAAUCAUGUGACUGCAUUACAUUUCGUGGUUUCUUAUAAGUUGCAUACAACUGAAUAUGCAUUAUAAUUUAAGAUUGAGGGAAGAAAUAGUAUGAAAUAUAAUAGAAAGCAAAGAAUUGGAAUGACCUAGGUUAUCAAUAAUAACUAUACAUAUGUAUAUGCUUGAACAGGUCAAAGGUCAUUUGGUGUUAGACUUAAGGGAACAUAAAGGAUGGGUGGUGUAAUAGUCGAGUGAAGCUCAGAAGCAUAUAAGAUAAAUUGUGUGAUAAUUCUAGAUGUAAUGAAUAAAUCAUUGAAUUAAGAACUAAUAAGAUAAGUGAAGACAAUCUGAAGAGUUAACAUAAUUUAGCAAAGAAGUGUGAGUGGAAGGGUGGUCUAAGGAAUACGUAAUCCAUCUUAUCAAGGAACUAGCUGCAUGAAAUUGUCUAGUUCCAUACUAAUACUAACUUGAUAAUGGACGUAAUCUGACAACGGAAAAUAUGUAAGGCGGUUGUUUAAUCUGUAAGGUUUUACGUGGAAGUCGCAUUAUUGUUUUAUUUGACUCAUUGAUUCCUGACAAUGAACAACGAUAUAACGCUAAGUUCUAACGACAGUUCGUAACUAAUACAGUAGGACAAAUUCUUAAUUUUCACACACAAUUAUUCGUUAAAACGAUUGGUAAACCUCCCCAUGAAAGUAUGAAGAAGACUAAAAUAAAAAAUGAGAAAAAGUUUAUUGAUUUUUCAUGACUACUAAAGUGGAAAGAUAAGUUUACAAGUUGUAUAAAUAGUGGUAUAAAAUAAAGCCACAAAGAACUGUUAAUCGUAAACCUGCUGUCUAGCUGUUUAUAAUUCUUAAGUAAAAAUUGUAGACCCUUCUCUCCACCUGAUUCGCGAAGCGUUCACCAUAUUUCUCAACAAUUCGUUGUUUGCACAUUCUUUGGAGCCGUUGAAGUUGUAUAUAUUCUUUACUUCGUCUCCGUAAUGAAAUUACUGUGUUGUUUUGUAAAUUGUGCGUAUUGUCUAAUUUCCAUCUACAGCAACACCUAAGAAGUUGAUGAGCUAUGCAGUUUAUAUUUUAUAAUUUAAAUAGCUUACCUGUUAGACUUCGUCUUUUAAUAUAUGCCAGCAGGAGAUGGCGGCACGGAUAUCGACACAUAUUAAACGUGCUACAAUUGCAUCCACAAAUACUUACAUCUACUUCGUAAUGUUGUCCGCGGUCAAGCAUAAACAACCACUCGCCGCUUUCAUAUUCUAAGUUAACGAAACGCAUUCUUUUUAGUUCGUAUAACACUUUGGAUCUUGCGAAUGGGGUCAACAUGUUCAGCAAGGGUAUAAGACGCUGUGGAGCAUCAUAAUUGUAUGCAUGCUCUCUAACUUGACCGUUUUGUCGCAUCAUCUGCAAUACCUGCUUCCGAGUCCAACCUGAAAUAUAUUUAUAUACACUUACCAGUGGAGAGUUCAGCUUUCAUAUUUUUGACAUCAGCAGCGGUCACCUGCUUACCUGUUCUUCCCUUAAUACUUUCGAUAACUUCGUCCGUCGACUGACAGUGCAAUAUAACUGGUUUCAAGUUUUCUUUUUCUUCUGAUGACAAUCGUCUACUCAACGGAUCACAAACCAUCCACGAACUUGUACACGGAUGGUUGUGAGUCAUGUUGUAAGAUUUUAUAACGUAUUGUUGACCCUCCAAUCUUACGCGAAACAUCGAUUGACAAUUUAAAAAUUUAGACCUCAAAGGUAACACAUUAGUUAGAGUCCUCACGGUUUUUUAAUCACAUUCAGACCUUCCGAUUUACGUUUACGACCAAACGUGCAACGAAACACUACGAACAAGUAUUUAUAUCUCACAUCCUUCAACAAUCUACUUUCUGCGUGAACAUAGUGUGUAUGGGUCAUCUGAGAAAACAUAGAUUUAUCCCAUCAUACUUUAUGGAAAUCCUUUAGCGCAUUAUCUAAUUCAAUCCAGCUUCCGAAUCUCUUAUUCAGCAUAAUACGUUGGAACGCGUCGCUUACGUUCACUGAAAUUUCACUUGAGCAUGAAGCACUAGAUACAACAUACAAUAGCUAUUAAAAAAAGGUUAUUCCUUGAAAAAAAUUAACUGAAGGAAGAACAACAAAUAUUUAGGACUUACCCUUCAGUUGACAUUUCGUCUUAACUCACAAAAACUAUGCGCAUCUAUAACCUUUUACGUUAUUUUAUCUUUCUUACGUUGUUUUCCGGACCUUAUCAACAAAUUAUAUAUAGCUGUUGACUUUCACUACAGCACUUAGGACCACAGAUCAAGUUUCGAAGGAACAACAGAGCUAAAGUGUGCACUACAAAACAGAAAAUACUCAGUUAAUGCUCUUAGCAGUUAUUUAGUGUUUAUUAUGCAUCAAAAGAUGACUUAUAUAUGGAAACAUUUAAUACUCAUAGGACCCAACACACACACGGCAAUUGAAAUACGGAAUGCCCGCUUCCAGUCAGCGCGUUCAAGGUCGUUGAAACGAAACGGCGGACAGAUUUGAAAGGGAUUACCGUUUAUACCUUGCCUCCAGUGACCAGUGGUACAAGCUUCUGAAGGCUAAUUUUAGUCUCGUAAAGUCACUGGCGAGGUUCAGCAACUUGAAGUGCAGUAUUAUUCUGUGGCUCUCUACCUUCAUAAUAUACGUUUGUCACGUUGCUUGUUUCUUGAAGCUCUAUGCUUUUUGACAAAUUUAUAACCUUCAACUUAAGCUCACUAAAAAUGCUUGUUUACUAUUAUUACUGAUAAACAACGGUUUGUCCUUUGAGAUUUUUGAAGGAUCAAUACAAGAACUGCACGUUUUCACAUAUAAAAACAGUCUGCUUUAGUUGAGACCCAGAUCCAAAGGGAAAAUCAGUUCACCAUUUCUGUUCAAUAAGAUUUAAUCACUGCAUGAACUGAACAAUUUUUAGCAAUAAUAAAGAAUAACUGUAUGGUGAAGUCAAGUGUAGCAUUAUUGUGCAAAAGUACUUCAGCGUUGAAGAGACGUAAAAUCUAUGAGACAUCUGAGAAGUGCUUAAAACAGAUUACACAUUUAUACCUAAAUGGUAAAAAUCUAGAUGAACUGGGUCAGGAAAUCGCUCUGUGUCAGUGCCUAACUGUUCUCUACCUGUAUGACAAUAAGUUGAAAUCUAUACCAGAACACUUAAACUUAACCCAGUUGACACAUUUAUAUCUUCAAAAUAAUCGCAUAAGUCGUAUGGGAAACUUGAACUCAUUAGAGAAGUUAGAAAAGCUGUAAGUUGAAAAAUAUUUUCAUUCUUCUCCUUUCAUAAAGUUUCCUCAGCCGAAAUUGUAUCAGUAUAAUUGAAGGCUUGGAAGGAUUAAUCAGACUGCAAGAAUUACGCAUUGACAACCAAAAUUUGAAUCCAGGCGAAAGUCUAGUCUUUGAUGAUCGUAGUCUGAAUUCUGUAGCAGUAAUGGUCUUGUUAUUAUUACUUUGUUUGUUAUAACCAUUCAAAAAAUUGCUUUAGAUAUAAUGUAAUAUCUGUUUUUUAAUCUGACGAGCUAAUUGUCUGACUGAUAAACCUAACAGCAGCAUUUAAGAUUAACAGCAGUAAGAAAAAGUAUGAUCUAUUUUGUUAGGGAGAUUCAUUUAAACCUGUUUUUAAGAUUUUUCAACCCCCUUUAUAUAAUACCUUAACUCUCAAAAAAUAUUUGUAAUUUUAAAGGUUGUUAUUAGACCUCAUAGGUUUAUUUUACCUUAACUUCCUCUUCAAACAAUGGGAUGCAAACGAGUACCACAGCUGACUAGCCUCUGUUGUUUCAAGUUUAUUGGUAAAAUCCGGUUUUUAAGAGGACCAUGAAAUUAUUGGAAGUCACAGACAGCAAUUAACUUAUUUGAUUUUCCAGAUUCCUGAACACUACAGAAGACCACAUCCACUAAAGAUAUCAGAGUGAAUAUGAAAGAUAAAUGAAGAUAUUAGGAAUGUGGUUGUAGAUAAUUUGCUCACAGUUCUCAAGCUUGUAAAGUAUAAGUGUAUCUGGAUUGUUGUGAUUCAUUCUCGCUAUAGAUUUCGAAGAAAAGACAAAACAUCUAUUUCACUUUUUAUCAAGUUCCUUAGUAAGGUUUUUAUGUUAAGCGGUUAAAAUUCCUUGGUUAGAUAACUGUUGUUUAAUUUUGAGACGAUCCCAGCUGAAUAAUCUGUUUCUAAUUUUGACUUUCUACUUUCCCCCUAAUCUCUUAUCGUGUAACCAUUUCCGUGUAAAAAAAUAUCCCAACUUAAUAGAAUAGUCUUAUAUGCUUGGAUGUGUCAGGUAACAAACUGGACACCCUACAAGAUUUGAGUAACCUUCAUGCCUUAAUCUCUUUGAAUGUAUCGAAUAAUUCCAUACGAUCUAUCCAUGAUCUAUCUACAUCACUGAAUAAAUGGUCAAACCUUAAAGAGUUCCAUAUAAAAGGCAAUCCUGUCAUGAAAACAACUCGAGCAAGAGAUAUCAUCAUUGUAACUGCAAAACGUCUAGGUAAGUUGUUUUCAGUGGAUACUACUUUCAAUCACAUUAACGCGUUUAGUUUGAUAUUUGUGCUAUGUGAAUUUCAUCUGAAUUUAAAGUUGGUUUUUGUGAAAUAGCAGUAUCAUUCAAUUGCUUACUUAAUUACUUAAUCUUGCUACCCAUCCUCAGGUAUAGCCUACUGGAUGGUGAUCACCAACUCUAUCAUGGACUCUCCAUUCCAGUUGUUGCUAAGUGGCAUCGAUAGUCUUGUUGUAUGCGUCAAAGUUCUGGUGCCAUGUGUUCUUUAGUCUGUCUCUUUAGGCUUGGGGAUGCUUAUUCAGGACUCGCCUUGUAAUGUUGAGUACUUUCCGUGAAAUGUGUUCUACCCAACUCCAGCGUCUUUUCUUAAAUCCUCCUUAUCUGGCAGCUGGUUGGGUUUCUAUCAUAGUCGGUUACUGCUGAUGGUUGCCGGCCAAUCGACUUGGAGUAUCUUGUUUGGACAGUUGUUUAUGAAUGCUUAUACAUUUGUGAUAAUGAUAGUGGUAGUUUUUUAAGUUUCAGCUCUGUACAGUUGAACUAUUUUAACGUUAGUGUUUAAAAUUCUGCCUUUGGACAUGGAUCACAGUCUUGAGUUUCAAAUAUUCUUUGAAUUCAUGAAUGCUGCACUUGCUUUAGCAAUUCGUGACUUAACAUCCUUAUCAGGUCCUUCUUGUUUACUACUGAUGCUACCCAAGUACAUAAAAUCUUCCACUUCUUUCAGAGCUUCACUAUCAAGUGACGUAGUGCUUGCUGUAUACGUACUUUAGGGUUUCUCUUUUUCUCUUGUGAAUGUUCAGACCUAUUUAUAAUGAAGCCACUGCUAAAGUAGCUGUUUUUGCCUGUUUGCUGCAUAAGUGUUAAGUCAUCUUCAAAGUCUGUUAUCCAGCUGUGUCCAAGGUGUCCACUGGUUCUGUGCUUUUGCCGAGCUGCAAAGGUAUCCACAAUCCAGUAAAUAGCUAGCAAAAGGGAAAAAAUUGGAGUGGGUACCAUCAUUUCACUCCAGUUCUCAUUUGGAAAGAGUUUGUGAGCUGUUCUACAUGGGAAAAUCUUGUGAUUCAACCUCUUGUAGGAGUUCCGUCUGAUGCUACGAAUCUUUUCAGGUACUCUAUAGUAUCGAAUAUUUCAUAGGGUGCUUCUAUUCAAGCUGUUGAAUAAUUUCUAAUAAUCAAGGAAGGUAAUGUAUAGUGAUGAGUUAUAUUCAGUUGAUUGUUCUCAGUUUAAUUGGCACAUGACCAAUCCUUAUGAAAGCGUGUUUGUUGAUCUCGAUGUUGGACGUCCACUGAAUUCUCCAUUCAGUUCAGUAACGUUAAAAACUUCAUCCUGUACUGAUAUUAGUAUGGUGUUUCUGUAGUUGACACACUCACUAAGAUCUUUCUUCGAUAUCUCACUAAUGUAUUCCUGUUUGUUGGUACUUGUUCUUCAUCCCAAAUAGUUAUGAAGCGAACAUGGAAUAUCUUUAAAGUUGUCUCUAUAUCCUACCUCAUUGUUUUAGAUGAUAUGCUGCUUAGUCCACCUGCUUUUUCACUCCUGAUUUGCCGAAAGGCCUUGAUAGUUCCUCGGAUGUCCAAUGGUUUUAGCACCCGUGGUGUGUUAACGAGCUGUCUAUCCACCUGUUUAGACACUAACCUCAGUGAUUGGUUUCCCGUCUUUACCAUAAUUCCCUGCUACUUUGUUGACUAUCAUUUAGUUCUUUCAUAUUUCCUUCUCUUGUAAAUUGUCUUGCUGUAGUUGCCAGGUUUUCUACAUAUUUCUGUUUGUCAGCUUUAAUCCUCUUCAGUCGUUUGUGUACUUCUGUAGAUUAUGCCCGUGUCCUGGCUGUCUUCUCUUUUGUCUCUGUAUAUUCGGCUGUGCCCAGAGUUUCAUUCUCUGUACUAUUGCUUCUUAUGACCCAAGACCUCAUAACAUGUUAAAGCUAUCGCUUCUCUAAUCCUUUUCAGUUACUCUCCGUAUGUUUCCUCUUCCUCCGGUAGAUAUAGUAAUACGUAGGACUUGUCGGUGACAGUUACCUUGAUCCAGCUGACCUUGUCGGCAUCCGAAAAGAAGGGUAUAUUAAAAUCUUGUAAUGCUUCUACUGUCGAAUGUUUUAUAGCUUGGACACCACCAGGUGGUCAGGUUUCGGGUUAUCUAAGGCAACAUUAGCUCCCUUCUUUUGGCUGGAACACAUGUUCCUGUAGGUCCUACCAUGCCAGGCACAUUGGUUGGGGAACGGUUAGACUAAGAGCAGUAACUCAAGGUCCAGAGGCAAAUUUGUACUGUCGGCUGUAAAUGAGUGUGACGACAGUAAGAUGUUUCUCUUGGAAAACCUCUAUCUGCAGCGACGUUACCUUCCUACAACAGAAGGAAUAGGGUCGAAAAUGUCGGUCUUGAAAAUUUCGCACCUCAUCUUAACCCACGAAUUUCCGUCUCUGAGGUUAAGGCCUUUUAAAGUGCGGAGCUAAUCAAACGAAAGUUUUCCAAAAAGACUGUGUGUGGUCGGCCUCAAGCAUUUCCCCCUUGGACUCUGCAAUCACACUUCCAAGUCACUAAGACUACCACUAAUCCGGGCUCUUUUUCAGGUCCCUCUACGGCGUAGAGAGCCGGAAAGUGACAACCGCCUUCAUGCCUCCAAUGGCACCCGAGGUCAUCAUGUUGACGAUCGAAUCCCUCUCCUACCUCUUAAAAGUUCCUCCACCCCAUGAACAACUCUUUCCACGUAUCUCUAUCACCACAGGCCAUCAAUGCUAAUGACUUGAGUCCACGAAAUGUUAUUCCCGGUCUCCUGAAUCCACACGCUAAACUACACAUUGUAGCUUUUAAUGUUCGAACCUUGUGUCAAGUGGGAGCACGGGCUUCUUUGGCUAGGACUCUAGAAUCUCGCGCCGUUUAUGUGUGCUGCGUCUUCGAAAUGCGCGAACAAUAUCCAAUUACUCUCAUUCAUUCGGCCUCACCUUGCCAAUAUAAAGAACUGGCACUACUUACACUUCGGGUAUCUGAAGACCUCACUGCUACUUUCUGGGGCGUUAAAUUUAAUAGCAGAACCCAAUAUCUUCAAUCAACCUGAAUGGCAAACUGAUGUAAGUCCUCCGACUCUUAGUGAGCCUUAAAAGGCUAUAAGCAAUCUAAUGCGAGGAAAAGCAGCAGAGCCUGAUGGAUUAAUCCCUGAGAAUCUUAAGGAUAGUAGUCCAGCUUCAGCAGUUACAUUAACUGAGAUCUUAGCUAAAAUCUGGGAACUGGAUGUUGUCUCAUCUGACUGGUCUCGAUCUCUGAUCAUCCCAGCCUAUAAGAAAGGGACAAAAAUCCUCUUGCAACAAUUACAGAGGAAUCAGUUUAACCAAUAGUGUCUGAAGUAUUGGCCUCAAUAAUACUUCGACGUCUUACUAGAGCUCGUGAAGGGUGAACCCGAGAAAACCAGGCUGGUUUCAAACCUGGAUGUGAAUGUGUGGACCAAAUAUUCACCCUUCAGCAGAUCCUGGGAUACAGAAAUACUUUUAGACGUCCGAUUAUAGUUGUAUUUCUUGACCUUAAGGCAAUGUUCGACUCGGUUGAUCGUGAGGUUCUGUGGCAGUGUCUGUCAUUGAGAGGCGUACCAGAUAAGUGCAUUAUCCUUGUACGGGCUCCCUACCUGGACACCUUUGGUCGAGUCAGAGUCUAUGACAAACUCAUCGGAAUCGGUUACUCCAUGUGGCGUUCAUCGAGGUUAUCCGCCUUCCCCAUUCUUAUUUAACUUUAUCAUAGACAUAAUUUUAGAGAUAACACUUUAAUCAUCCGACUUUUCAGGAGAUUCACUUUUAGACUUGGGAUACUCAGAUGAUACAGUUUUGUCCAGUGAGGACGCUGACAAAAUGUAAUCGUCCCACCACCUCAAGCUAUAGUACAAUCAUUUUCGGGAUAUGGUCGCAAUACAACCACUAUCUUCAAAGUUUAUGUAAGGACUGUCAAUGAAUGAAUAAAGGAACACAUAGAUAAAAACUCGGCGAAGCUUAUCACGCAAUUAGUUUAGGCAGAUUCUGUGCGUCCAAUUUACUCAUGACACGGAACAGUUGAACGAAUUGUUGGGAACAAAUGAUAUCGGUUCGUGAAGUGUUCCUUAACUUCUCAAAAGCCUUCGACAACUCGGCGCAAUCAUCCUAGAAUUGUUCCUUACUCUCUUUCUAUAACGUGUGCACGAUGCUACCCGGAAAUCCGCAACGCUGUCGCGUCCUCUAUAAUCAAAAGUGACACAAUUCUGUUAGAUUAAGUAGGGGCGGGUAACUAGUAUGUGACAGGGCUGAAGGAUAAGUCUUACGGAAACAGACCGUAAAAUUUUUGAUUAUUCUCGUCGAGCUUUAAGAAGGUUCCGUUGGCUCUUACCAACGGGCUUCAAUUUUGACGUAGAGGAGACAUCUUUCUUCCAUCCGAGGGGCGAGUUUACUGCGUGACAGUGUGCUGCUUCCUACGUUGUGGCUAUUAAACAUGGUUAAUAAUAGUAUAGGGUAUCCGUAGGUUUCUGGUAUUCGAUCAUAUGUGUCUACACAGCAUUACUCGUGUAUUUUGCGUUAGGAAUAGAGUCCUAAGUAAGGGUGGGGAAUCAAUUGAUGAUGUAGUAAAUGUCCAUCAACUGAUGUGGUCGAAAUGUGAUGUGCUUGCCAAACCAUUGCCUACAUUGAUGGGAGGUUUUUUCUUGUGCAGGAUUAGGCUGGAGGAAAGCUAGGGGCGACCGAAGCAAAACAUAGCAUUAGUCCAUGAAGUCACUGACACUUGGACUUAGCCAUGCUAAUAGGUACAGACUACCUGGUUGGGGUGAGUGUGAUAAUCGUAACCAAUGAUUAGAGACUUUGACAUGGGUCAGAAUCUUUUACAGUCGCUCAGGUACAUCCAUUCAUUGUCUUCCUCCAAAUUCUGAGAUUCUAAAUUCGCCAUAACAUUCUUUGGUUUUUAUCUCAAUAAUUUGUAUUUUUCCCCAGUUGUAUCUUCAGUGCCUGAUCUUUCCUAUUACUACUGAUACUGUUACUACCUCUAAUAUUUUGGGAUUUGGCCUGAAAACUUCAUGUCUAUGUGUUGAUGGGAUGUGGGAACUUUAACCGAUGUACAUACGUACAAGUUCUACGUUGUGACCGAAUCCCAUGUAGCUCUGCGUAUGGAUUUUUGUGGGAAAAUCAUUACAUCUAUGAACACGUUGAAAGCACAUAGAUUUACUAGUCUCUCACUAUUCUCUUUUCCUUAUCCAAUUAUGUCGCUCCAUGAUACGUUUGUGUCUUUUGUUGUCUAUCCCUGUCUCAGCCGUUAGGUUUCUCAUUAAGAUGAUCGGGUCUUACCUUGGUAGUUUUAGUGGCCCGAGAUGUGAUUCCGAUUAGAUCAUAUGAUUGAUUGUUGUUGAAAUAUACAUGUCGUCAAUCCUCGUAUAAAAUUAUCAACUGAACUCGCGUCAGUGAAUAACGGAAUUAAAAUAAGUCAUAUACGAGAAUGAAUUUCGAAUACGUUUCUUUUCUACACACUGGUCUGGACAGACAAUCAGAGGAACGAAGCGAAAUGACGCGUGGUGGAGAAGGCCUAUGAGCCAACACCAUUUAGUCAAGAGUUAAUCAUUUAUGGGUAUGACAGCGGGAUAAGUAGUGGAAAUAAGUAGGGUAUAAAAGAGAUUGGUCUAUGGGGCCAACUGAGUAUAAGGAUAAAGAAUAGUGAAGUAUAAACAUCUGAUGAGCCGUACUAGAGUUAAUAGCGUCUAUUAUCGAUUAGUGGGUUUGCAUUCACAUACGUGGUUCUACAAUUCCAGGCAGGUCGUUUGGAGAACGGUAAGACUAAAGGCAGCAACUCAAGGUUUGAGGGCGAAAUCGCACUGCUGACUGUAGAGGGAUGUGACAGCAGCAAGGCGUUCCCCUCAUACCCGUAGCAGUACACGAGACCAAGUUGGUCACGACCGAAUCCUUCCUACACCUAACAACUCUCUCAUCUCUACGGCUAAUGCUUCUCCCGUUCCUUUAUCACCUCGCACCUCGAGUGCAAACGAUUUGAAUACGCGGAACGUUCUUCCUGGUCUCCUGAAACCACGCUUUAAGCUACACGUAGGAGUUUUUAACGUCCGGACACUGUGCCAAAUAGGACAACAGGCUUCCUUAGCUAGGACUUAAGAAUCUCGCGCCAUCGAUGUGUGCUGCGUCUCCGAAACGCGCAUACAUUAUCCGAGCAGCGUCUUUCAUUUAUAUUAGCUUCAAUAAUACUUCAGCGCUUAACUAGAGCUCAUGAAGAGCAGACCAGAGAAAAUCAGGCUGGUUUUCGACCUGUACGUGGUUGUAUAGACCAGAUAUCCACACUACGUCAGAUCCUAGAACAUAGAAACACAUUCAGACGCCCCACAAUCGUAGUAUUUCUCGACAUUGAGGCGGCAUUUGACUCUGUUAAUCGUGAGGUUAUAUGGCAGUGUUUGUCACUGAUAGGAGUACCAAAGAAGUACAUUAACCUUAUAAAGGCUCUCUACUCGAACACAACUGGUAGAGUGAGAGCUUAUGGCGAACUGUCAUCAGAAUUGAUUACUUCAAGUGGUAUUCGUCAGGGCUGUCCACUCUCUCCAUUCUUGUUUAACUUUGUCGUUGAUGUGCUUUUAGAGAUGACACUUUCCUCAUCUAAAUUUCCAGGGGUUGAACUUCUACCGGGAGAUUCACUUUUUGACCUAGAAUAUACCGAUGACAUAGUUUUAUUUGGUGAAGACGCUGAUAAAAUGCAGAGUCCUCUGACUACUCUAAGCAACAAUGCAAGCAUGUUCGGGAUGCGAUUCUCCCUCUCGAAAUGCAAAAUGUUGCUCAUCAGCCCUUGUAGUCUGGUAUUUGAAAAAGUCUCAUCACGGAUACAGAAGGCUCGACUGGAUUUCGCCAACUUGCGUCAUUUAUGGUGUAGACGCGAUAUCCGUCUAUCAACCAAAGGACAGGUUUACUGCGCAGCAAUUCGUCCCGUCCUACUUUAUGGCAGUGAAACAUGGCCGGUAAGAGUAGAGAAUAUCCAUAGGUUACUAGUAUUUGAUCAUAGGUGUCUUCGAAAUAUUGCUCGUAUAUCCUGGGACCAUCGAGUAAGUAACGCAUUUGUUAGGAAACGGGUACUAGGUAGGGAUAGCAAAUCAAUUGAUGAAAUAGUGAAACUUCAUCAGUUGAAAUGGCUGUGACAUGUGUUACGUAUGCCCAACCACCGACUGCCCCGACGUGCAAUGUUCAAUAGUAUAGGAGUAGGUUGGAAGAAAGCUAGGGGCGGCCAGACCAAAACAUGGCACAAGUCCAUGAAGUCACUGACAAGUGGACUGAGUCAUGUUGGUAGGUGUAGACUACCUGGUUGGGGAGCGCGAGAUGAUAGCAACCGAUGGUUAGAGACCCUGAAUGCCAAGGCUCAAAAUCGUUUGCAAUGGAGCAAGUGCAUCAACUCUUUGUGUUCUCCCAAAUUCUAAUCUUCUGAAUUCUUCAUGUCCCUUUCUUUUUUCUCUUUCCAAAUUUACUUCACUAGAUUAUACUCCUUGAAUAAUAUCUUCAAACCCUAAUUUUUCUGAUUACAGCUUAUAAUUUUACUACAUCUAGCACUACGGAAUUUGAGUCGACAACUGCAACUCUGUUCUAAUGUGGUGUGGCAACUCGAACUGAUGUAAGUACGUACGAAGUUCUUCGUUGUUGCUGACUGACUUACUUAUUAUUUAUUAGUAGAAUGACCAGAGGAACAGAAUGGUGACUGCAGAGGCGAGAUACGUAGAGUCGUAUUUCUGUUCGGUCGUCGAGUGGUUUGUGGGAGAUGUACUCGCUCUCGUUUGUAACAAAACGGUACUAAGGCAUGAUACCAAUAUCAGUGCAUAUGAUUAUCGAUGUUGGCGAGAGGAACUGACUUGGUUGUGACGAACAAUAGUGUAUCUUUGAGAGAUUAGCUCUAAGCUCGAUGUCCUGGUAUACAGUGCGAUGGGAAUAAAAUAUUAAUUGCAAUAAUCUUGUAAUAUUUGUGGGUAAUGAAUAAUACAACAUGCAGUUAUACAUGUGAACGAAUAGAUAAGAUGAACAUAAUCGUUACUAAUCAGCUAGUAGAGUUAGAGGUAUUCACAGACAUAAUAGGAGGCAAUAUCGAAAUGAAAAAUGUGUGGCAUGAUAACAUAAAAAAUGAAUGAGUGUAAUAAUAGGCCAAAUAUGACAUGAUAAAAAAUGGGACGAACUCACUUUAAAGCAGCAAAAUUUCACGUUGUUGAAUAAUAAAAAUAGUCCAGUGAGCUUUAAAUGUCAUAAAGUGGUGUUCAUAAACUUAUAAUUUGUUCGGUGAGUGAUAUGAUUGCGUAAAUGUCAUAAUUUAAUGUCAGCACGAACAAAAAUAAUAAUUCUACGUUAGGUGAUAAUAUGCCACUAAUGUGAUAAUGAGACUGUGAUAAUUAUUUGAAUCAUAAUGGAACAAUCUGCUGGAUGGACCAAUCAGCAAAGUUGACAUGAGGACAAAGUAUCAAUAAGAUAAUACGAUUUGAGCAUGUCCAUGUCGAGCUGCACAGGGUUUGCUGAGUAUGUCCCAUUGAAGAUCGAACUGCAUUCGCUGACUUUGUUCGUCGAAAGUGUAGAGUGCAGAAGUUUUUCAUCGAUGUAGCUUGCUGCGUUAGGUUCGUCGGUGGCGGGCUCACCACUUUAGUGGCUCGAGAUCUGACUCCAAUUAGAUCUUAUGAAUGAUUGCUAUUGAAAUAUAUGUCACCUAUCCUCAUAUAUAAUCAUCGACUUAAAUUGCAUUAGUGUUUAAUGGAAUUAAAUGAGUCAAAUUUGAGAAUGGAUUUUGAAUACAUAUAUUUUGUACAAUCAUUCAUCUGGACAGACAAUCAGAGGAACGAAGCGAAUAGAAAAGAGCUAAGGGAAAUGACUGGCGGCGGAGAAGGCGUGUAAGCCAACUCCAUUUAAUCAAGAGUUAAUCAAUAAUUCUGGUCACACGAAAAUAGGCUACAUAUAUGUGACGAGUAGGAUAAGAAGUGUGCACACAAAUGCUUAUAUAAAAGCAGCCAGGCUUGAUAAGCGAAUAAUUAACAAGGUCAAAACGUGGCUCAAGAAGAAUGAAUAAAUCGGCCUGUCCAGAAGCUAGAAUAAGCUAUGUGGGCUUAACAUAAUAAACGACACUACAAAGUUCCUCUGAGAUGGACUACAGCCCUCGUAAAACUGGUUUCUAUCAUCUUCACUGCCAUCAUUGAUGUGUACAUAGCAUUGAAUAACACUUACUGUGACCCUUUCCUCUUUUGUUUUUAUGAAUGCCUUAAUGAUCCUGGAGCCGUGUAUUUCGCAUCCUAAAUUUGCUUGUUUUCUCCUUUGAAGGGCAUCAGUGCAAUCUUUUGUGUGUAUGAAAGAUGUUAUCUUUCAUGACUAAAAGAUAACUGCAUCUUGUGAAUAUAGUCUUUUCUCAGAUGGUGUUCAAUGGAUUUGACUUAUUCCAAACUGGGCCAGGUUGUAUGUCCUCUUUUCUACAGCUAUUUGAAUGACCUUCCUGGUCUCCUACAUUGUCCAGAUGUUUCAUUUCUAUAUAAUAGUUGUUGCUCUGGUUAUUAAAAGGUCAUUGACCUCGAGGCAUUAAAGCAUCUCAGAUUUCACCGUGAAGCAUCAUAAAUCAUUUUUUAGUUAGCUAGUUGUAAUGAAGUUCAUUCAUACUAAGUGGAGUUGCAAACCCCUACUCCUAACCCUCUUUCAUUACCCGGAUUUGGAAGAGGCAGUAGCUUCAUCCGGCCUCCAUGAGGUAUCAUUAUUGCUCGAUUAACUAAUGAGAACUAAAUUCUUCUUACGCUGAAGAAGUGGAUUAGAUUAAGUCACGAAACGUCAGAAAUACAGUUUUCUACUCAUUGGGAUAUAACAAGAAAACAUAUUAAUUAUUAACUUCCUACCCGUUACUCAGCUUAUUCAAAAAAGUCUAGCCUUGCCAUUGAUACUAUUACGUCCUUGAUAUGUCUACCUAAUAGUAUGCCGGAGAUAACUUGUUUACAUCUAGAUUAAGGCUUUGACAUUGUAGGCUGACUGGUUCAACCUUGAGGCUAGAAACGCGUGAGGUCGAAGUGAGACUAACUGCCUUGGGUAGAGAGACGAAAACUAUUCUAUCACCUGAUUGGCUGACAAGCGCUCAUGAGUGAGAGGACAAAUUAAGUGGAACACUACUCGACUUAUUCCCAAUUCCGAUUCACACUCAGAACUGGUUCCGACUUAGAUUAGUGUAAAAAGAUACACGAAUAAAUAGAUGACUAACAAAAUCACAAGGCAUAACAACUAGAAAAUACAAUUAUGUCCAAAACUAGGCAAUUGGGUAGAAAAAUAUAGUACUUAAGGUUUCGUUUAAAUUACAAUAGCUUUGGAACAAGAAGGGUUAUAACAAUGAAUCAUAAAUCAAACGAAAGCUUGUGAUUUGUAGAAAAUAAUAGUAACAAAAUAAAUGUUAGUGUUUUACGAGCUUUGGAUUAAAUGGAAUAGCGUCCCCAAAAAGAGCUUCCGUAGUUUGUCCUAGCUUCUAGAUUCUCUGUUCACGUCAGAUACCUGCAAACCUAGAAGUCAUUAUUUCCGUGUGCAUACGAAGUCCAAAUUAAUGUUCUACGAUUUCAUCAAUAGCUGAAACCGAUGUUUAUAAUUUGUUAAAGUAAAACUAGAUCCAUUUGUCGAUAUAUUUGCACUGUCUCGUCCGUAUAUAUAUGUUUGAGAAUUCCUUUUAUUCAAUAGAGGUAGGACAAAACGGUCCGUUUAAGUUGUCCCACUUAUUAAUAAAGUGAUAAAAACCAGAGUCAUUAAAAUAAGUAAAAGGAAGUAUAUGGUUAGAUAGUGAAGAGGCGACUUGUACGACCAAACCCCUGUUACAGGCUUUAACAUAAAUAAAUUUACAAUAUCAUGUAAGAAAUAUAUCUUGGAUACGUUUUACUUUGGUUAUUCUACUCAAACAAAAUCAUGUUUUGUUCCCUAAUUUCAUAUUGUUUUCGUAUAGAAAUGCUGGAUAAUAAGGCGAUAUCUGAACCAAAUAGACAAUUUUUAGAAAAUUGGAACCAGUAUAAGAGUUUUAAUCUCGAAUUGUCAAAAUGUCCUAUGAACAAGCAAAUUACACUUGGUUCGAAACCUGAACUGAUAGACUUAUCACAUCAGUAAUUUAAAAAAGUCUCCUGCAAGUUGUGAAUUGCGACGAGAAUGAACAAUAUAAGUGUUCAUUUGUUUUAAAAAUCUAUUUAUGUUUAUUUCACUUGUGAGCUACAUCCUGAUUUCAGUCAAUAAAAAUUUAUGUAGACCCUGUAUAUAUUUUUGAAAUCGCAAUAAGAUUUAUUCAAAGGGGAAUGUAGAAACAAACCAGCACUGACUGUAGAAAUAUUUAUAAUCAAGGAGCACUGGACAGCUGUUUUGUUUCACUUUUCUAGACCGUAUCAGAAUUUGUUAAUUUAUUAUUGUACUGCAUCAAUUUUCAGUCAAGAGUCAUCAUUACGCCAGUAACGAGUUGUUCGCAUCGUGACUUGAUUAUUUACGAAGCAUGUCUGUAACCCCAAAAACGGUACUGCUUGAUGACGUGCUGUCCAGUACUUUACCGGUAAGGAAAUUGAUCGAUAAUGAUAGGUCACAUACCUGAAUUAUAUUUUUUCACUGACUAAUGUCUUUGAAGUUGAUAGAAUCACUGAGUGAGCAAUCCCAUUCUACAGUGUAGAUAGUAAAUCACAUGAUGAGGCUAAGAGCUUUGAUUUACUGAGGUAGUGAAAAAAUGUAUAGGGGAUUACAACUAAUUAUAAUCUAAUUGAACGCUAGAUCCGGUUUUCCAAGCUCUUCUAGUAACCCCCAGGCUAAAUAUAAACAGCAUCUUGAACACGAGAGAAAAGGUGCGAGUUAAGGGAAAAAGCUUUACUCUAAUAUUCGUUAAUGUACAGAAAGUCUGAAGUAUUUAUAACAUUUUAGAUGGCUUUAGGCCUACGGAAAAUUCUGGAGUGUUACUAAACAUAGUAGUGAUAUAGGUAAUCCAAUCAGAAAUUCGACAUGUGACUCACUUUCUAAGUGUUUCUGGCAAAACUUCAGUUGAAUACUGAUAGGAUAAGGGGUUUCUCGGUGUUUUCUGAGCCGUUUUGUUGGCUGUUUUCGAGCAAUUUUCUAGAUCUCAGCAUACAGAAUUAUUACGAGGACGAGAAUGACCCAUUAGCUACAUAUUCUGUUUUUUAUUAUUUGUCGAAAUAAGAGUCAAUUCAUGUGUGUGUGUGUAUUCAGCCACUACAUGUAGAUUGUGUUAACCACUGCAAAGUAAAACCAGUCAGACCAUGUUAAAUCUAGUGCUUAGAUUAUUAAUAUACCGGAUAUAACUUGAGAAAUGGAACUCUAGAGCCCUCCAAGUCGCAAAUGGGAAGACAAGUGAAAAGUAGGCUAUUACAAACAGUGUCAAUUAUGGUACAAAUUUGUCAGAUAUUUAUAGUUCUAGAAAAAACGAACUCAUUAUAGUCCUCCAAUUUGCACACAGGGUGUUAAUAGCAUUUGUACAAUAGGGAAGCUACGCGUAGUGACUCUAGAAUAUUCUUUCAAAAGAUGAUUGGGUGGGAUAUCUUCGGAUCAUUCUGAGUUUCUUAGGGCUUCCUCGAGUUAACACAUGAACUGCCUUCACAGACCACUGUGGUAACUAAGAUCAGCAUCCAACGAAAAAAACUAGAAAAAUACUCAGAAAGCUGAAAGAAAAUAAAAAACACCGUCCAAAAAUGAUUGUUCAAGUGGGUGAAAAAUUGGUUAAGAUAAUUAAACAAACAUCAAAGAAGCCAAGAAUAUGAGAAUCCGCAUAACUUGACCAAAAAAUAAAAUUAUAAAAACAUACGAGAAGAUAAAAAUACACUAUUUAUCAACGGACCAGAAAUGUCAACUAGCCUCGUUCACACCAAACCCAUCGUUGGACACACUCAAUGAAAUGUGCGAUCGAGCAUGCGAGCUAGCCAGUGAGUGAGUAAGUGACAGUUGACUUCAUCUGUGUGUUGAGGAUGGAUAAGAUUUGAUUUGCACCCAACACAUCCGACCACCAUACUA